AUGCGGCUCAAGAAUAUAUUUCGCCGCAACUACACUGAGUCAAACUGGAGGAAACCUCUCCCUUUAAUAGAAAGCCCAAUCGCCUCCGAGGAUGAAAUCCUAGAGAAAAACAGCCAUGGCUCCCAUGAUGGCACUCACCCUGAUGCACCGCAUCCGGGGGAGGCGGACAAUUUGAGUACUCACGAGGGUCCUGUUCUCAAGAAGAACCACGAAGCAACAACGAUGGAGCUAUUCUACGAUCUCUUCUUUGUCGCUACGCUCGCCAUUUUCCAUGCUACCCACGAAAUCAACACUUCUGACACAUUCAUAACCAUCCUGUGGUUUUGCUGGUUACAAGCGGCCUUGUUCGACAUUAGGUUCUACACCGACUCUAUCGUUUCCCGGAUCUUCAAGGCUCUUCACCUAGGCAUCAUGACUGGACUUGCGGUGUUGUCAGUCAACUUCAGCGUCACUAAUAUCCUCGAGCACCGCGGACGGUUCGCUAGCAUGUGUUACCUUCUCAUGGUGUCUAGAUUUAUUCUCGUCGCUCAAUAUACGACCGUUGCUUGGUACCUGAGAGGCCAUAAACAGACAUUUACUGCUAAAGUUUUGGUUAUUGCUACCCUCUUCAUCUCAGCAACAGUGUUCCUCGGCUUAGGAGUGAGCGCACACUCCAUCCAGUCACCAAGAGUACACAUCGCCUGGUAUGUUGUCAUAGCCUGUGAGGCUGUGUUCAUGAUUGCCAUAUCUAGCUUCUGGAAAGUCUUGUCCUUCAGGGGAACUCCAAUCGUCGAGAGAUUUGGGUGCCUUACAUUGAUUGUUCUUGGGGAGGGCAUUGUUGGAAUGACCAAAGCUAUCAAAAGCAUUGCGCUCGGCACUUCGACUAUAUCAGGCACAUCUGUUUCCCUGGUUAUCUGCCAUGUUCUUAUCAUAUACUUCGUUUAUAUGCUGUACUUUGAUCAAAUUGACGUGAAGCGCUUUGGAACCAUCCGUCAGCAGAUCUGGGCACUCUUUCAUUACCCGCUCCAUGUCGCGAUCCUCGUUACUAGUGAAGGAAGUCGUUCGUUCGUGCUAUACGAUGUGGCUAAGAGGAUCUAUGAAAAUGCUCUCGUUGGACUCAUGAGCAAUGUGAAUCGAGUCCAGACUGCUGCAGACUUGGUUCAAGGGCUCCAGGAGAUUAUUGUCGAUAUCUCCAGCAAGUUAAAAUCGACUGAUGGAAAACCUGAUUUCACCCCUAUAUACAAGAAGUUGUUGUCCUUCAAGGAGUUUUCUAUAGCCUCGGAAGAGGUUCGUGAGCUCCUGGAAGAGUUUCUGGCAGAAUCUCUUGUCUGGAUUAUGCACACUUUUGGCAUUGAAGUUAAGGAAGAAACUGGAGAGAAAACACCAAAGGUAGGAAAGGAAGAGGGCAAGGCAGCUAUCCAGGAACUCGUCCAGAUUUCUAGCGCUGCCACCAUCGUCUUCCGCUUCUUUUUUACUGCCGCCGGACUCACGCUUGUUCUCCUGGCCAUUCUACACUGGUUCUCGAAGUCCCAUAAAAGCCGUGCCGAGAUGCUGAGCAUUAUUGUCACUACCACUAUUGGCGUGUUUCUAUCCUUGUUGGCUGUAAUGUCCAACUUUGAUAGUGCCGUGAAAGAGUCAGCUCUUGGGAAUUACAUUGAUAGUGCUUGGGUUACUCCAACCGUUGCUCUCACGUAUAUUGGAGGUAUUGUCUGA